CGGGGUUAAAGAGACGCCGCGCUUGUCGUAAUAAAACGCGGGGACGUACGGCACGCAUUGUUUCAAAGAUGGCGACGGCCAAUGAGGGUGGUGGUGCUGCCGGUAUAAAGAGAACGCACCUCGGUAUUCCGGAGGCUGUGUUUGUGGAAGAUGUGGAAUCGUUUAUGCAAAAACCUGGAAAUGAAACGGCUGAUCAAGUGCUUAAGCGAUUAGAUGAGCAGUAUCAAAAGUACAAGUUCAUGGAAUUAAAUCUUUCUCAGAAGAAAAGAAGACUAAAGAGUCAGAUCCCAGACAUUAAACAGACGUUAGAAAUUUUAAAGCAUAUGCAAAAGAAAAAGGGCACUACGGAGCCAAUGGAAACCAGAUUUUUAUUGGCAGAUAAUGUAUAUUGUAAAGCAUCGGUGCCACCUACAGACAAAGUCUGCUUGUGGCUUGGGGCCAAUGUGAUGCUUGAGUAUGAUAUUGAUGACGCUCAGGCUUUGCUAGAGAAGAAUUUGUCAACAGCCACCAGAAAUCUUGAGUUCACAGAAGAGGACCUUGACUUUUUGCGGGACCAGUUUACCACAACCGAAGUCAAUAUGGCUCGAGUUUAUAACUGGGAUGUAAAAAGAAGAAACAAGGCAGAUGGCACUAAAAUCAAAGCAUAGUUUUAAUUAUUUUCAAGUAACAGUUGUUUUAGAGAAGCCCUCGGCAGACAUUUGGGAUGGGAGUAAAGUCUCCUAUAUAAUUUUGUUUUUUUUUCUUUCCUCUUAACCAUUGAUCUUGAAGCACGCACCUUUUAUUUAUUUGUUUAGUCCAAUUUCAUGCAUGCCUCAAGGUAUACUGGUUUUCAGUAGAAAAGAGCAGAAGCAUCUUCUCUUGCAUCCAGCUGAUAAUUUUAGGAUUGGAUAAGACCCUGUACAUGACCUACUGGAAUGUGUCAACCAGCUACUUGUUCUAUACAUGCCGUGUCUGUAUGCUCCAAUAAAUCCACAAAGGGCUGAU